AUGACACCCCUUCAUUGUGAUGGAUCUUUGACGGCUAAUAGAGCUUCUUAUGGUGGGAUCAUCCGAGAUGACACAGGGGCUGCUAUUAUGGCUUUUGUUGGAAAGGGAGAGGAUAAUUCGGUCCUUGGGAUGGAACUUUUUCCUAUCCUUAGGGAGGUUACGUUAUGCAUUGAAAAUGGUCUCCACCGGGUUUCUUUUAGAUCUGAUUCCAAACUUGCAGAGGACAUUUUGAAUGGGUCAGUGAAUUAUCCUUGGAACAUGCAGGUCUUAAAGGACCGUAUCAUAUCUCUUCUUGGACAGUUGCAACAUAAAGAGAUACGUCAUGUAUGGAGGGAGCUCAACCAAUCGGCAGACUUUGUUGCUGCCAUUGAUACAGGGGAUGAGGAGUCUAUUUUUUAUCUCCCGGACUUGGUGGAGUUGAUCAAGGAUGACUCAUAUCGUAAAACCAACUUUAGGACCCCUUCACAUUGA